ACUCUCGAAUGCCCAUAAAACCCCCCACCCUCUUCUUCACUCUCGUCCAAAGACGUCCCUUUUCCUGCAGAUUUUCCAUUCUCCCGGAGCUAUGGCCGCCGCUAGAGUCUUAGCCAAUGCCACCACCACCGCCGCCGUCACUGCCUCCUGUUUCCUAUCUAAGACAUCCCUUUUUCCCAAACACAGGCUCCCAUAUGAUUCCAAUUUCCUUUCCUUCUCCAGAAGACUCCCCUCCUCCAGAAAAUCUUUCUCCUGCAGAGCUUUGUACAUUCCUGAGGUUAAGAUCAAGGAGGAAGGCCAGCCUGAAACCCUCGACUAUCGCGUCUUCUUCACUGACCAGUCCGGCAAAAAGGUCUCCCCAUGGCAUGAUAUUCCAUUGCAUUUGGGGGAUGGUGUUUUCAACUUCAUUGUUGAAAUUCCAAAAGAAACCAGCGCAAAAAUGGAGGUCGCAACAGAUGAGUCGUUCACUCCUAUAAAGCAAGAUAUCAAAAAGGGGAAGCUUCGAUACUACCCUUACAAUAUCAACUGGAAUUAUGGAUUGCUUCCACAAACAUGGGAAGAUCCAUCCUUUGCUAACUCUGAAGUUGAAGGUGCAUUUGGAGAUAAUGAUCCUGUUGAUGUUGUUGAAAUUGGUGAAAGUGAUCGUAAGAUAGGUGAGAUUCUGAAAGUGAAACCAGUGGCUGCUUUAGCCAUGAUUGAUGAAGGGGAACUUGACUGGAAAAUAGUUGCAAUUUCAUUAGACGAUCCUAAAGCUUCACUAGUGAAUGAUAUAGACGAUGUCGAGAAACAUUUCCCGGGAACCUUAACUGCUAUAAGGGACUGGUUUAGAGACUACAAGAUCCCUGAUGGAAAACCCGCUAAUAGGUUUGGUCUGGGGAACAUGCCUGCCAACAAGGAUUAUGCCCUUAAAGUUAUUGAAGAGACCAACAAAUCAUGGGCCAAUCUCGUGAAGAGAUCAAUUCCUUCUGGUGAGCUGUCUCUUGUAUAGAAUUCAUAGACUGUAGGAAGAUGGUGGUUCUAUUUAUGUAAGUGCUCAAAUCAAAAUAGAUUUGUGAACUCUGGCCUUCUGAUUUAUAUGUUCAUAAUGAUGUAGAACCCAUUCUUCCAUUGUUUAGACGGAAUAAUGUAUGCCCAGUUGGUGGGUUUGUUUUUGUAUCGCAUGACUCGGUUUCUAAGUAGGAUUUUCUGUUGUUUUUUUAGAGAAA